UUCUGAGCCUUACGCGCUUCUUUGGGGCUUUGCCUUCUCUUCUCAGUGUUCUACUCUUCAAAAAUUUGCCUCCUCGCUGUCUCAAGACCCUGGCUCUCAAUGGAAAAUAGGCGAAACCCUAAACCUCAGUAGAUCGAAAUCUGGAACUGUAUCUCCGCCUCUUCCUCAGCCAAUCAGCGUAAACCCAUUCGGGGAAAAUCAAAUCCCUCAAUCGAAACCCUAGAGUGAAAAAUGGGAAGCGAGUUGAAAACUUGGGUGUCAGACCAGUUGAUGUUGCUGUUGGGAUACUCACAGCCCACGCUUGUUCAAUAUGUGAUUGGAUUAUCAAAGACAGUUUCAUCACCAACUGAUUUCGUGAGUAAACUUGUGGAUUUUGGGCUGUCAGCUACUAGUGAAACACGGGCUUUUGCAGAGGAGAUUCUUGCAAGAGUUCCACGUAAAACUUCAGGGGUUAAUCUUUAUCAGAAACAAGAACGAGAGGCAGCAACGCUGGUGAGAAAGCAGAAGACUUACACAUUAUUGGAGGCCGAUGAUGACGAUGAUAAUGUUGGUGGUGCCAUUGGAGAUGGUUCUUCUGUUCUUGCGGCUUCUCCGUCCAGAAAAAGGGAUAGUCAUAAGAAACGUUUCAGGAAGAAGACUGAGAAUCAGGAAGAUGAAGAUGAAGAUGAUCAGGCAGUUGUAAAUGGGGAAGAAGAAAGACAAGUUAAAAGACGUACUUCUCUGGAUGAAUAUGAUUCUGAGUCUGAAGAAGAAAGAUUGCGUGACCAGAAAGAGAGAGAGGAGUUGGAGCGCAACAUAAAAGCACGAGAUGCAGCAGCAACGAGGAAGCUAACUGAGCAAAAAUUAACACAGGACGAGGAAGAGGAAGCAAUUCUGAGAUCGAAUGCUAUGGAGCAAAAUGGUAUCGAAGUGUUAAGAAAAGUUUCAAGGCAAGAAUAUUUAAAGAAAAGAGAACAAAAGAAACUGGAGGAGCUUAGAGAUGAUAUAGAAGAUGAACAGUAUCUAUUUGAGGGUGUUAAAUUGACUGAAGCAGAGUACCGUGAGCUGAGAUACAAGAAAGAAAUAUUUGAGCUUGUUAAGAAGAGGACUGAAGAGGCUGAUGAUGUAGACGAGUAUAGGAUGCCUGAAGCUUAUGAUCAGGAAGGAGGGGUAGAUCAAGAGAAGAGAUUUUCCGUUGCCAUGCAGCGUUACAGGGACACAAGUACUGGAGACAAAAUGAAUCCCUUUGCAGAACAAGAAGCAUGGGAAGAUCAUCAGAUAGGAAAGGCAACCCUCAAAUUUGGUUCCAAAGAUAGAAAGCUAAAAUCCGAAGAUUAUCAGUUUGUGUUUGAGGACCAGAUUGAGUUCAUAAAGGCAUCAGUGAUGGAUGGUGUCAAUUUUGAAGAUGAGUUGGAUACCGAGUCCCUUGAGAAAUCCAUGGCAAAAUCAGCAUUUGAGAAGCUUCAGGAGGACAGAAAGACUUUGCCCGUCUAUCCAUAUCGAGAGGAGUUACUUCAAGCUAUUCAUGAUCAUCAGGUUCUUGUUAUUGUUGGAGAGACGGGCUCUGGGAAAACAACACAGAUACCCCAAUAUCUUCAUGAGUCUGGGUACACGAAACGUGGAAAGAUUGGAUGUACCCAGCCCCGGCGUGUGGCUGCUAUGAGUGUUGCUGCUCGAGUUUCUCAAGAAAUGGGUGUCAAACUUGGCCACGAGGUUGGUUACUCAAUUCGUUUUGAAGAUUGCACUUCAGAAAAGACAGUUCUGAAAUAUAUGACUGAUGGUAUGUUACUUCGAGAAUUCCUUGGUGAACCUGAUCUUGCAAGUUACAGUGUGGUGAUGGUGGAUGAGGCCCAUGAAAGAACUCUUUCAACAGACAUUUUAUUUGGUUUAGUUAAGGAUAUUUCUCGUUUUCGCCCUGAUCUCAAAUUGCUCAUUUCGAGUGCAACACUUGAUGCUGAGAAAUUCAGUGAUUAUUUUGAUUCUGCCCCAAUUUUUAAGAUUCCUGGCAGGCGGUUUCCUGUUGAGAUACACUACACGAAAGCGCCGGAGGCUGAUUACUUAGAUGCGGCCAUUGUCACUGCUCUUCAGAUCCAUGUGACCCAACAACCUGGUGAUGGUGACAUACUGGUAUUCUUCACUGGGCAAGAAGAAAUUGAAACUGCUGAGGAGAUCCUAAAACAUAGAACAAGAGGACUUGGAACUAAAAUUCCUGAACUUAUCAUAUGCCCCAUCUAUGCAAACCUCCCAACAGAGCUACAGGCAAAAAUAUUUGAACCCACUCCUGAAGGGGCACGGAAGGUUGUCCUGGCAACUAAUAUUGCAGAAACUUCAUUAACUAUUGAUGGGAUAAAGUAUGUUAUUGAUCCUGGAUUUUGCAAAAUGAAAUCUUAUAAUCCCAGGAGUGGCAUGGAGUCAUUGCUGGUUGCUCCAAUCUCCAAAGCAUCAGCAAAUCAGCGGGCUGGUCGAUCUGGACGAACAGGCCCUGGGAAGUGCUUUCGGCUAUACACUGCUUACAACUAUUACAAUGAUUUGGACGACAAUACUGUUCCUGAGAUACAACGGACCAACCUUGCAAAUGUUGUUCUCACGCUUAAGAGCCUUGGCAUUAAUGACCUUGUGAAUUUUGAUUUUAUGGACCCACCACCUGCUGAAGCAGUGCUUAAAGCCCUAGAACUACUUUUUGCCUUGGGUGCAUUGAAUAAAUUAGGGGAGUUGACAAAAGUAGGUAGAAGGAUGGCGGAAUUCCCUCUUGAUCCAAUGUUAUCUAAAAUGAUUGUAGCCUCAGAAAAAUAUACAUGCUCAGACGAAAUCAUAUCAAUUGCUUCAAUGCUUUCUAUUGGAAAUUCAAUCUUUUACCGCCCGAAGGACAAACAAGUCCAUGCUGACAAUGCAAGAUUGAAUUUUCACACUGGGAAUGUUGGAGAUCAUAUUGCAUUGCUUAAGGUCUACAGUUCAUGGAAAGAAACAAACUACUCAACGCAGUGGUGCUAUGAGAAUUACAUUCAGGUCAGGAGCAUGAAGCGAGCAAGAGACAUAAGAGACCAAUUGGAGGGGCUAUUAGAGAGGGUUGAAAUUGAAUUAACGUCAAACACUAAUGAUCUAGAAGCUAUAAAGAAGUCCAUAACAGCAGGGUUCUUCCCACAUUCAGCUAGGCUGCAGAAGAAUGGAUCUUAUCGGACAGUCAAAUAUCCCCAGACUGUCCAUAUCCACCCCAGCUCUGGUUUAGCUCAGGUGCUCCCAAGAUGGGCUGUUUAUCAUGAACUGGUAUUGACAACCAAGGAGUACAUGCGGCAGGUUACUGAACUAAAACCUGAGUGGCUGGUGGAAAUUGCUCCUCACUAUUAUCAGUUGAAGGAUGUUGAGGAUUCUGGGUCAAAGAAAAUGCCUCGUGGAGCAGGACGAGCAUCCAGGACCGAAUGAAAGUGGCCUGUGAGUAAAAGAUACCGAGAAGAGCAGCAAAUUUAAACACAAUUUUGUAAAUCUACCAUACGAUGUUGUUUAGCCAAGAUGAAAAAAAAGAAAAAAUAGUCUUGGCUUUCUUUUUAUCUUGUUUUGUUGCACAUAUUAUACUGGUCUAGGUGUCUGGAUCACCAGUUAGUUCUCUUCCAUGUUCGAUUGUGUUAUUUGAAGAGGUGUGGAGUGGUCCUCAAUUCAUUUAUUCAUUCACUUUGAAUACUGGUUGUUGUAGUUUAGAAUAGAUCUCAAGAUGUAUAUAGCCUUAGUAUAGGGCUGCUCUCGGCUUGCAUUUCUUUUGUACAUUUUAAAGGU